AGCAGAGGCAUUCUUCCAAGGUAAUGAUUAAGCUAAGCGUCUGGCAAGGGCAUAGGCAGCAGAGCUGGGAAGGUGAGCCCUAUUCACACCUCAACCAGGUGGUGGUGGCCAAGACUGGUUUGGAAGGCAGGGCCCCAGGGCACGGGGGCCCAGAGCUGACAGCCACAGCCUCCCCCUGCACACGGGCAUCAAGGAGCAUCUCAGGCCGGAGUCUCUGCUGCCUGCCCUACUGGGACCCUGCCCUCAACCCUGGCACCAUGAAGCUGCAAAAGUUCUGGACUGGUCUGGAAUACACCUGCCGGCUCCUGGGCAUCACCACCGCUGCAGUGUUGAUCGGCGUGGGCACUGAGACCUUCCUCCAGGGGCAGUUCAAAAGCCUGGCUUUCUAUUUGCUGUUCAUAGGCACUGCCGUCUCCGUGUGUGAAGGGGCGUACUUUGUGACUCAGCUGCUGGCCAUCUGCUUCCAGUGUCAACCAGAGUCCCUGGCCUACAGAGCAAGGGAGAAAGCCCGCUGGCUGGGCUGCUUCCAGAAGUUCCUGGCGUACGUGCUGCUGUCUGUGGCCUGCUUUCUCCAUCCCGUCCUGGUCUGGCACGUGACCAUCCCAGGCUCCAUGCUCAUCAUCACUGGCCUGGCCUACUUCCUGUUGAGCAAGCGUAAGAAGAGCAAGUCCUCCCCGGAGGUGCUGGCCUCCCCUGAGCAGUACACGGACCCCUCCAGCAGUGCCGUGAACACCACUGGCUCUGGGGACACCGAACAAACCUACACCUUCCACGGGGCCUUCAAGGAUGGGCCCGGCUCCCUCUUCGUCCACAUGAAGAGCAUCCUGAAGGGGGCCAAGAAACCCAGUGCCCUCCAGUGCCCAGACACCCUGAUGGGGCUGACCUUGGAGCCCGCUGACUUGCUGGUCAAGAAGAAGCAGGUACACUUUGAGGACAGUACGGUCAGAAUCAUCCCGUCUCUCACUGAAGACCUGGAUGAUGGGGACAGCGAGCCGGAGGAGACCACCUCUGACACCACCCCUAUCAUCCCUCCCCCAUAAGCCCCUAUCUUCCUGUCUUCUCUCGCAGACACCAGCCUGUUCUGAGUCGCUCCUUCCAGCCUGAGGGACACUCAGCAAGGGGUCUGCGGAGAUUGAUGGCCCUGCCUGGAGUUUCCUGAUACCUAAGAGACCCCCAGGAGCUGGGGGUCAUCACAGGUCAGGGCUUCAAGGCGUGACCAGACUUCCCCAUGGUAGUUAGGCUUCUGGGACCAUCAAGGGGUAUGGCAGAUCCUGCAGAUCCUUGAGGAAGGCGCAAAUGAAGCUCGCGCUGCCCCAAGCCAGCACAGGUUCCUCCUUCCUGGACACAGAGUGGGGAAAUUCUGGUGCUUUCCCCGAAAGAGACCAUCAGUCCCGCUUCACAUAAGGCUGCUUUGGCACCAGAAGCCAGUGGGCUUCUCUUCUCCAGACACGAGGACCCAGCACUCAGCAAGGACUCAUCAUCCAUCCCAUCUCUGAUGCAACAACCCGGCUCUGAACAACCCCACGGGAGUGUUGGUUAUGAGCAGAUCCAAGGCAGGUGUUGGAGGUAGCCCUAGAUCCCAACCCCCAGGCGAAAUCGCUCCAGAGAUAGAAGGAAGGCAAGGCUGCCAGCCAUCAGGAUGGGAGGAGCGGGAGCCGUGGGCCGCCUUCUCUGUGUGUCCUGGGGCUGGGUGCUGGGCAGCAGGAGAUACAGAGCCCUUCAGGAAACAAUGCCGCUCUGUGCUCCCUGCAGGGAAAGCCGGGUUCAUUCCAGAAGCAUCACUGAGGACUCCUGGCAUUCCCACCACAUGAACUUUCCCGAGAUUCCAAGCAGAUGACGUAAACCAAAAGGUCUUGGACGGUGACAAGGAUUCAGCGGCGCCAGUCCCUGCACAGCACCCAGUGCCAACAGUGUGCGGGGUGGGGGGCAGGGGAGUACUGGGGAGGCAGUGGUCCCCAGACACCAGUCACAGAGACACUGCCACGCCAUGCUCAGCAGCCUGGUGGCAGAAUAGGUGAUAAAUAUACAUUUGUUUUCAAUGAAGGGAGGGAAGAGGAAGGAAAGGGGGGCGGAUAGGAGGGAAUUGGGCAGGCAGGUCAGUUUUGGGACACUGGAUGAGGGAAGAGACAGUUAACCUAGCAUGAACAAAGAAAUUUCAAUCAGAUAUCCUUCAAAGAUUUGCAAAAUGGUAUUUGUUUCUAAAAGGUGUCUUUUGGUUCAUGGGAUUGUCACAAGGAAGAGCAGACACAUUAUUCAUAAGCAGUCUCAGUGAACCAGUAAUCUGAAGAAACAGUUAUAUUGUUUCCUUGUGAGUGUGUGUGUG